AUGGAAAGCGAAGAGCUUUCACAGAUGUUUUCAAUACCUGGAGGGCACUGGCAUGAGGUAGAUUUGAGGGUAUGGAACGAGGAGGCGAGAAAGCAAGGUGUUCUAAGUCAACUGGUUCCCUACACAAAGUGGUUGGGAUCACGCUCAUCUUUGCGUUUCAGGUGGCUUUCUGCGCCCAAAUGUGUUUACCAUGUGGACCUCAACACGUGGCCUCAUGGACUUCCUGCCAAGGAGAACUUUGGUUUGGAGCUACGCGUUGAAGAGGAGGGUUUGGUUCAUGCCAUUGUUGCGCGUUGGGCUGUUUUCUCUGGUCCAAGGCGACUCAGCGCAGACAGCCGUUAUUUGGGCCGCGAUUUGACUUGGCCUCAUUAUGUGCAGGUAGUCGCCCAGCCUGACACAGAUCCAGGCCUCUUGGAACCAGUGCCAACAAGCAAAGGCCUUGCCAAGUUGCAGCUGUCGGUGCGUCAUGGUCCAGCAAAGGUCACUGGUGCCGCAGGCCCUGAGUUCACGCUGCGCCUUCAAGCUGGCACAGGUGAUGGGAGAGCAGAGCUGUGA